CCCUGAGGGGUUUGCCCGCCACUGUCGCUGAAUGAUUGCAUCAUCGCAAGCAGGAUCCCACCUUUCAGUCCCUUUCCGCUUUCUGAUAUGCCUGCCCUGACGUCAUAGUUCGGCGGAGGUAGAAAUCAAGUUUGGAGGGCUUUGAGGCCUCCUCUGUAAAAUGGAAACUUGUCCUCCCACCCCAGAACUCCAUGGAGCGGAGAGGGACCAAGAGAGGAGCCGAGAAGACAGAAGUAGCUGAUCCUCGGAACAAAUUCCCCAGCCCAGCGCUGUCACUGCCCACAGACCCCACCCUCUACUCUGGGCCCUUCCCUUUCUACCGGCGCCCUUCCCAGCUGGGCUGCUUCUCCCUGGAUGCACAACGCCAGUAUCACGGAGAUGCCCGCGCACUGCGCUACUACAGCCCCCCGCCCACCAAUGGUCCAGGCCCUGACUUUGACCUCAGAGACGGAUACCCUGAUCGAUACCAGCCUCGGGAUGAGGAGAUCCACGAGGGACUGGACCACUUGCUACGCUGGCUCCUGGAACACAGAGGCAAGCUGGAGGGGGGUCCAGGCUGGCUAGCAGGGGCUAUAGUGACGUGGCGGGGUCACCUGACAAAACUGCUGACGACACCAUAUGAGCGGCAAGAAGGCUGGCAGCUAGCAGCUUCCCGGUUCCAGGGGACGCUGUACCUGAGUGAGGUGGAGACGCCAGCUGCUCGCGCUCAGCGGCUUGCUCGGCCACCCCUCCUCCGGGAGCUCAUGUACAUGGGGUACAAGUUUGAGCAGUACAUGUGUGCAGACAAACCUGGAGGAUCCCCAGACCCCUCUGGGGAGGUUAACACCAACGUGGCCUUCUGCUCUGUGCUACGCAGCCGUCUGGGAAACCACCCUCUGCUCUUCUCCGGGGAGGUGGACUGCAUGGACCCCCAGGCCUCAUCCACACAGCCCCCAGCCUGCUAUGUGGAGCUCAAGACCUCCAAGGAGAUGCAUAGCCUUGGCCAGUGGAGGAGCUUCUACAGACACAAGCUUCUGAAAUGGUGGGCUCAGUCGUUCCUCCCAGGGGUCCCCAAUGUUGUCGCCGGCUUCCGGAACCCAGAGGGUGUCGUCUGUUCCCUCAAGACCUUCCCUACUAUGGAGAUGUUUGAGUAUGUCAGGAACGACCGUGACGGCUGGAACCCCUCUGUGUGCAUGAACUUCUGUGCCGCCUUCCUUGGCUUUGCCCAGAGCACAGUCAUCCAGGACGACCCCAGGCUCGUCCACCUCUUCUCCUGGGAGCCUGGUGGCGCAGUCACCGUGUCUGUACACCAAGAUGCACCCUAUGCCUUCUUGCCCACGUGGUACGUGGAAGCCAUGACCCAGGACCUCCCAUCGCCCCCCAAGACACCUUCGCCGAAGGACUAAUGCUUGAGAGAGGCUGGCCUGUCUCCGUGUGCACAGAUAAUAAAGGUAUAUUUCUAAGUG